AUGUUAGUUGAAAAUCCAUCGAUUCAUCAACUUGAAGUUCUUGAUGAUAGAUUUGGAAAUCAAAAAUCAGAUGUUAGUGAAGUUGAUCAAGAGAACAAGAAAUUAAAAAGUUUGAAGUCAGACUCAAACUACCAUCGAUUUGAUAAUUUAAGAAGAGCUAAAUCAACUUCCAACUUCAUCUCUUCUCAUUCACCAUCACCACCACUUCAUCAGCAUUCAUCUUUCAAAUCAUCAUUCAAAUCAUCAUCAAAUUCACUCAAAUCACUCAAAUCAAUCUUAACCAUUCAUUCUUCAACUGAUCAUCAUCUUCAAAAGUCAAAUUCAACUUCAACUUCACCUAAUGCUUCAUCUUACAAAAAAUCAAACUUGAUUCAUAAACUCAUUCGUAGUGCUUCUUCUCGUUUACAUCAUCAAGCUGAUAUGUCAUCUCAUUCAGAUCAUUUCAAAUCUCAGCUUCAUUCACCUAUCUUACUCUCUCCACCCUCUCAAAGGUCUUGUUCAGCUUCUACUUCUUCAGCUCACACUGCAUUCGUCACCGUACCUAACUCGCCAUCAACCGAUCUUCAAUCUACUUUUCUCAACUCAGAGCCGGUCUCCCCCUCUUUCUCUCCCUCUCCUCAAAGACAUCUCCCUGGAACUUUAUCUCUACUUGAAGAAAUUCGACCUUAUUCUAAUAUCCCAAAUCUCACUCAGAUCUCUCAAAUAGCAUCAGAACAUGCUUUGGAGCGAGAUUGUAAAUAUGAAUCAAACACUAGAAAUGCUACCCAAUCACCUACUCUGCAAGACACUCAAACCAUCAACUCUCCUUUGGCUCAUCUUUCAGACUCUGGCUCGCCUCAUAGCCUUCAAAAGCUUUCCACAACUACCAUGGAAGCCUCCUCAUCACCUCAAACCACUAUGGAACAGAUCAAGAAUAAGAACCAUCAUAUCAACUCUCAAGCUGGUAGACCUCAAUCGCCUCUCAAUGAUCCCCAAAAGUCUGCAUUGAUCCCUUCAGCAGAGAAGAAAGAAAGUUCAUCUGUAUUUGAUCACGAUUCAACAGGAGUCAUAGUCGUCAAUCAGAGUCGGGCAGGUUCAAUCGAUGCUUUAGACAGGCCUUCAUCAAGGUCUUCAAAGCUGUAUCACACUGAAGCAGUCUCAAGAUCUGGACCGUCCACCCUUGCGGAUCCACUUUCCCGAAACUCUUCAUCUCAAGGACGUCCUUCUCCAUCCACCUCAAAGUCCCUAGAAGACAUGUCUAAUCGAAAAUCUUCAAUUUCGGCUCUUCCUGAUCAUUUUCAAUCUUUCAAGUCUUUGAUGAAUCGCCGCACUAGUGUAUCUUCACGAAUUUCCAAUUCCGCUCAGCCUCAACCCGAUAUGACAUCUCCUCAUCCCACCACAGAACUUCCUCUAGCAUCGUCCUCAUCACCACCCAAGAUUCGUAAAAGUAGAACAGUGGCUAAAUUGGUAGGCCGUAUUGGAAAAAGACUGAGGCCAAAGACAAAGACUCAAGAUGUGAGAGGCAACUCGGCGAAUGAAUCUCAUUAUAGACCUCACAGUUUACUUCCUACCAAAGCGACAGAAGCAUCCUCGGAGACAGGAUGUGGCGAUCUAACAUCAUCGACCGCUCCGGAAUUCUCUGAUUCAAGAGUGGUCGAAUCUGACAUGUCAUUUGAAAAGGUCACUCCCGUCCCUCUGUCACCUGUCUCUGAGCCCAAGCCUCAAGCUGAAGGCCUUCAAGAUUCAUCCGAGAACCCCGUUUCGACGCCACAGUCAUCAAGCUUUGGUAAAGUGCGCCCUUUACCUACGCCAAAACCCAACCUUCGUUCAGCCCGCAAGUAUGACCUUGAAUCCGAUCCUGACUCCGACAUGGAAAAUGAUACAAGACCUCAAACUAAAAUCAGUCCUCGGCCUUUCAAAAAUCUCUCACAUCUCAAUCUCUCUUCGAUUGUCGAUGAGUUUCAAGAAAGUGAGCUGGUCUAUCAGCUACCAGCCUUGCCUUCGCCUAUUUCACCCCUUUGUAGUCUUUUCACCGAUCCUGGUCGAUUUGAUCAUGAAAAACCAAAACGACCACCCACCAGUCCAGGCUAUGCUCAUCUCAUCGCCACGUCUCAAAUCUGUGAUCCAAAAGGAAAAGCUCGAAUGGUACAUUCAGUUGAGCUAACCAGAUUACCUACAACAGACAAGGGUAAAGUACUUGCCUCCAAUUCUGUCGAUCUUGAUAUCUCAUCACGGCCAGCUGUCAAUCGGGUUUCAAUGGAGGCUUAUAGGUCUAUUGAUCCAUCCUCGGCUCUAAGUAGUACAAGUUCACAGCCUACCACUUUAUUUGGACAUCAUUCCGAUCAAAGUGAAGUUGAAACUCCUGCCUCACAUAUUUCCCACGAAGAUAAUCUGAACCUCCCUCGCACUCGUAUCUCUCUCCAUCCUCGAUCAUCUUUGCGUCUCGCUUCAUCUCCGACUACCAUCUCAACAGCCAUACCUGUUAAUUCCGAUCAGGUGACAACAUCUCUUCACAGGCAGAAGUCUGCGUCCGGUACACCCCGACCACCGUCAAGUGGCACACCAGAUUUACCCAGGGCGUUAUCUGCUUCCGUUGAUAACAUCACACAAAGUACAGCUCAAAAAGAAAUCUUUCCUCUCUCCUCAUCAGCUCACUCUCGCUCCAUGGAAGUGACUCCAUGGGAUUAUCAAGACAUCCCUAUGAGAUCGACUGAUGGCUCUCUCGAUCAUAGCCAGAGGUUGUUUCCAAACGGUCCUUCGACUUCACUUUUGACGUCACCAAAACAAGAAAGCUCACGCCAGCGUGCGUCCACGUUGUUCUUUGGAACUCUUCCUGGUCUCAAAUCAUCAACUCGACCCACAAUCACAGGACAACACACGGUGUAUAACCGACCUACUAAAUUAUCUGGAUCCUUGGAUGGUCAAAAUCGUCAACCGAGCGUUAGAAAUGAUCUUCCAUUCGUGCAGCGAUGCAAAUCUGAAUCUAGACGAGAAAUGUAUCUUCAUGUUAAUGCAUCUGUGUCUACUACCUCUUCACUGGGACUGUAUCUAAACCUGCGAAGAACAACCAUUCCAAAGUCAUCCAACUCACCAUCUCGUCCUACUCAAUUGCUUCAGACUUUCACUGCUCCUAUAACGCUUAAUCACCUUCCUUUAAAGGUCAGCCCUUCCUCACCUCCUAGUGAUCAAAAGGAUGAAGAUCACUCUGCUUCGAUUCCUCGGAUUCAUUCGCCUGCACUUUUAACCGCUCAACCAAGUUCUUUAUGGAGAUCACAUUCAGUUUCAGUCCCUCGCAAGUCAUCUUUAUAUGGUGAUCCAAGUCCUACGACUACUUCUACCAAUCCAUCACAUCGAUUUUCACGUAUGAUCACAAGAAGUCAAAGUACAGCCAAUCUAGGUUCAACUCCAUCGAAUCUCUUAACAUCAAAUCCAGUGAAUCCAUCUAAAAGGACAGGAUCAUGUCAUGACAGUCCAUCACGACUCAAGAAACCUUUGUCGACUGAUCAUGAACUUCGACGACGUCCAAUGACAGCUGGACCUAGUACGAUUUCUCGUGGUACAGCACCUAUGAAAGGUUUCUUAGUGGAAUUACCUGUUAAGUUGAAACUUUUGGAUAGGAAUGGUGAAGAACGUACAGAAGAUUAUCUUGAGAGACUUGGUGAGACAUUAGAAAAGAGUAUGAUUGUUAGUGCAUUAGCAGCUAGCCCGGAUCCAUUUCAUUUAUCUGCGAUUAUUACUUACCUUGAUUCAUUUGAGUUUGCACAUGAUCCGAUCGAUUUAGCUUUAAGGAAGUUACUCAUGACUAUCUCUUUACCAAAAGAAACUCAACAGAUCGAUCGAGUCAUGGAAGCUUUUGCAAAACGAUAUGUGACUUGUAAUCCCAAGUUGUUUUCUUCAUCAGAUCAGGUUUAUAUUUUAGCAUUUUCGAUUAUUAUGUUACAUACCGAUGCUUUUAAUAAACAUAAUCGUGGUAAGAUGAGUAGAGCUGAUUAUGUGAAGAACACAAGAAUGGAUGGGGUACCUAGUGAAGUCCUAGAGUAUAUUUAUGAUAAUGUGACAUAUACACCAUUUGUAUUUGUAGGAGAAGAUCGAGAUAUAACAGGACAGAAGUUAGAAGUACCUGCAGAAAGUUCAAUAUCUACUUCGUUUUUUAAUUUAGGAUCUAGUACGAAUAGUAAUUCAGGAGGAGGAUCAUUGAGAGAGAAUAAAAAACAAACACAUGAUCCAUAUUUAAUGAUUUCAAGAGGAUUGACUCAUCAAUUCAGAUUAGAUCUUGAAACGUUGAUUCCAAGUCGAAACCCAUUUAGUUUUACUGGUAGCGUUUCAUAUUUAGAUACGAAGAAAUUGAGAAAAUCAUUUACGUUUUCACCUUUGAUUCAAAUCAUUAAUACGAGUAAAUCGAAUUCGAUGAUGAACAAAUUAGUUUCAGAAGUGUCGAAUGAAGAUGGGUUGAUAGGAAUAGAUGAAAGUUUGAUGAUCAACUUAAAGGCUGUUAAAGUUGGAUUGGUGUUUAGGAAAGAAUCAGGUGAUGGAGAUCAUCAUCAGAGUAAUGGAUUGAUUAAGAAUGUGACGGCUAAGAAAUGGAAGGAAUGGUGUGUGAUCUUGACUAGGAGUCAAUUAUUAUUUAUGAAAGAUACGACACUGGUUGAUGAACUUCAACAAAGUUUUUAUGAAGCUACUAGAAUGAAUGCUGAUAAUCAGGAUGAACAACUUGUGGUUCGAAUCACUGGAUUGAAACCUGAUUCUGUAUUUUCUUUGGAAGAUGGAAUUGCAUUAUUAGAUCUACUUAUUUUGGGAAAAGAACAACAACAACAACAACAGUAUUUGAUUGAGGUUGCAGAUGAGAAUGAAAUGAAUUCAUGGAUUACUCAUAUUAAUUUCGGAGCUACAUAUAAAUCGACUGAUUUACCAUUUCGAACAUGGCAGCUUUCAGAUCAAGUUUCAUCUAAUCCAUUAUCACAUUCCACCAGCAGUAUUGGAGCCAAUAGUAUCUUGUUACGUAAAUCGAGAGGUAGUACGAGUAGUUCGUUUGGUGGACGAUCAGUGGGUUAUCCAGCAGAAGAAGAAGAAUUGAUGGAAGGAAGAAAGUCUAGGUCUAGAAGAGCUUCUGAUUCGAUGAAUGGAUCGUUGAAGUCUAGGAGUUUUAAUAGACGUGGAUCUUUGGUUCAUCAGGGUGGUAGGGCUGAUACACCUGAGAGAUUGAAUCGGAAUGGGAAUGGGAAUGGGAAUGAGCCUUUGACGCCUGGGAGUGGGGGUGGAUCGUUGAAUGUGGCUAGGUAUGAGAUGGUAAAAAAUAAAAUCAAAGAAAUCGAAAAGGAGAUUAUUAAAGCGAAAGUUGAAUUAAAUGAAGAUUUAAGGAUUGCCAGGAAUUUAGCAGUUUUAACACCCUUUCAAAUUUCAAAUAAGAAUCGAUUACAACUUUCGAUUUUACCUUUAUCUGAUCGAAUUCGAGUCUUGAGAUAUAAUUUAUCAAAAUUGAUUUGUUAUCGAGAAGUAUUAGUAAGAGAUAAUUUAUUAGAUAAAGCUAAUUUAAUGAACCCUUCGAUCAAAUCACCUUCUAUUGAUCAACAUCGUGAUAAAGAAGAACCAACAGAAGAAGCUUGUACACCUAAGUCUUCUGGACUUCCUUUAACUUUAGGAAGAACUAUUACCACCACUACCACUACCACUACCACUACUACCAAUGGUUUGAUUACAGAAGAAAUCGAAUCGGAUAAGAUCAAUGGAAGUCAAAAUGAUCAAAUGAAUGAAAAUGAAGAUGAAAAUCGAAUAGGUUCACCCAUUACAGCUGAACAUCUCAGAACAAAUCAUGUAUCAGAAGUAGAAGUAAUAGUAGAAAAUGAAGUCAAAGGAAUCAUACCAGAAGCCGAAAGUAAGAGAUCAUAUACACCAAGCUCGAUCAAGAGUCCAAGCUCAUCUAUUAAGAUUGUAACGAGUGGAAGAAGACAAUCAUCAUCUUCAUCUGAUCAUCAUUCUUCAAUUAAAUCAUCUUCUAAGAAAUCACCUGGUUUAGGUGAUGAAUCCGGUUGGGGUUCACCGCUUAAGAAGAAAAACACUUGGAAUGUUAAAGGGUUGAAUGGGAUUAAAACUCAUUUGGCUCAUAGACCUGCUACGGCUAAUACUUUUCAAAGUACAAGUGGAGCUGGAAGUGGAGCUACGAAUGGAGUUGGAAGGAUAGCUGUUACGGAUCAGUCUAAGAGGUUGACUCAGGCUUGGGGUUUACCUUGACAAUGGGUUUGGAUUCUUUGGAUUCUUUGGUUUUUUUGGUGAUUGCAUUUAAUACAUUUUGAUUUAUAUACAUACAUCUAUAUAUACAUAUAUACAUACAUACAUAUCUUAUUGAUGAUUAUUUAUUAGUUAUUAUCUUUUCACUUGGAAGAAUUGAGGUUUUUUUUUCUUUGGUAUAUUGUAUUAAUUUUUGAAUUUUUUUAUUUUUAUAUUUUUAUAAAGGUUUUGGUUUUCACUUUUUUGUUUUCACUUUUUGGUGGUUAUGUUGUAGAUGUUUGUGUGAUUGUGUUGUGUGAUUGUGUGAUUGUGUGUGCUUGUGUGAUUGUGUGAUUGUGUGAUUGUGUGAUUGUGUUGUGUGUUUAAAAAAAAGGAAAAAUUCAAUGAAUUUGAAAUC